AUGGCCCUAUGCAUAAGCGCCGAGUCAAGCGCCGAGUCAAGCGCCGUUGACACUGAGCUCCGAAUCGUAUUACCUGAGAAAUCAGCUAAUGACGAACCAGUUAUUAGUCAAGCAGAGUUAGUUUCAGAUCUUGGAAUUAAUUGUCUAGUACCAGAAGAGCCGACUACACCAAGCAGAGGUGAUAAUAUCGAUCAAAUAAGUAUUCAUUCAUCAAUAUCUACUGACGAAGGACUCCGGUCGCCGGUAAUUAAUACAAGGAGUCCAAACGGCUUAACAAUAUCGGAUGUAAGAGUCGAAACUCCUAUGUCGCAAGAUCCCGAACUACCUUCGACACUUAUAUCAGGGAUGUCAAGCUCGAUAACGCAUUCGUUCACCAAGCCGACCGAUCAUGAAUACUUGCUACCGCCUGAUAAGCUUACGCCAUAUGGUUUGGUUACAAGUGAAGUAUCCAAUCCAGGAGACAGGAGUAACAACGACACGUUAGCUUCGACACCAAUGAGAGAGCAUCUAUACCAAUACGAACUUUUAGAAGAUCAGUUGGAUAUAUUGACAACCCUCUCGUACAAGUACAAUCAGGAAGCGGAACGUAAACACUCGACUUACAAGCCGGAAGCUAUCGAGCCCGACGAACCAGAUAUUAAUCUUUGUAUUAGCUCACUAAAUACACAAGCAUCUGGCACAGCGGAGGAACAGGCACUGCAGCAUAUAACCGGUCCGUCGUACCAAGACAACUUUACCUUUACAGUUAGGAGCGCCGCAGCACGAACAUCACGGCUGUCUCGAUCGCCUGUAAGGUCCAGCUCAAGACGAAGUACUAACCAAGCAUUCGGCACUGCGAAGAAUUUAAGGUCGAAUAGACCAGCUCGCGCAGAUUCAGCGAAUCGUCUCAGGAUGAAACGUCGCAAGCUUCCGUUAGCAGUCAAUAUAGUCAUAAAUGCAACCAAGGAGACUCGCCUUGUGCCCAUGAAUCAAAUCAGAGCUCCAACGAAGACCAACAUCCUCAACAAAGGACAAGGAACGAUCCUCCGGAUCCACCUGACGAAUCAGGAGUAUAGUGACGUACCUAUAAGGAAUCCUAUACGCGCACGAUCUUUCAGACCUAAGCCCGUGCACUUUGAUCCUAAACUUGAGCCGGAUAACAUUCCAGAAUGGAAUGGCGAUACCAGCGAAUUACCCAGAUGGAUCAUAUCCAUCAAUAAUUUAGCUGAAUACGGUAUCUAUGCACGCAUACAGUUAGGACGACAAGUGCCAUCGAGACUCACGGGUCGAGCGCUAAGAUGGUUUAAUGCACUAGAUAAGACUUAUCGACAAAUCAUCACCGCCAAUUGGCCAAGUUUAAGACGCGCAAUAACAAUACACUUCAUGAAUCGAUCGCUGAUAGACAGAAAUAAGGCCGAAGCUCUUCAAGCCGGAUUCAGAGACAGAGAUAACCCGUAUGAAACACCGGUAGACUACAUUGUUUGGAAGGCCGAAACGCUUACUCUAUUUAGCGAUUGGACCGAAUCUGAACUAAUUACGGAGAUCAUGAACAGCGCUCCUGAACAUUGGUCAUUGUAUAUAGAUACAUCUGUAGGAACUACAUGGGACGACUUCUUGGACAAAGUUGCAUGGCAUGAAGACCGCUUGCUGAGACAUGAUAAUAAUAUAUCUCAGGACAUACAGAAGCAGCUCGACGAAAUGAAAGAAAUUCUGAAAAAUAUCGAAAUUCAACCGGAUUCCAACGUCAAGACGAAUCGCUCCAGUCAAGGGGAUUACAAAGAGUUAAGCGACAACAAGAAUACGAGUGACAACGAGUCUGAAAUCAACGAAAAAGCCUCUACUCAAGACUCCUACCAAACCCUUCGAUCUUCACAGCGUUAG